AGGUGCUGCGCCUUUAAAUGCUCCGCGCAGACCCCGCCCACCGACCUGACGCGUUCGGUUUAUUACAGCCUGUCAAACAGGCGUCAGAAGAUGACAAACAGGCGAGUGAUCAUGAGCUGCUCUCUUACCCCGCGUCCAGCGCGCUCGGCGCGGAUCUGACGGAGUGUUCCCCGCAGCAGCCGCCUCUUAUGGACGCCGAGCGGAGCGAAGCUCGCACCGAAGCAGCAGAGCCAGACCUCUCGACGCGCAUGGAUUUGCCCACGGGGGAACUUCUUCUCAGCGCCUGAUCGCUCCCACCGCAGCCUCGCCCUCUCUCCCCAUGAAAAACAGCGUCUGGAGCGGCGCGAUGAUGUCGAGCAAAAGCGCCGAGUGGCUGCAGGAGGAGCUCCAGUCCGGCGGCGGAUCGCUGCUGCUGCUCGACUGCCGCUCACACGAGCUCUACGAGUCCUCGCACAUCGAGUCCGCCAUCAACCUGGCCAUCCCGGGACUCAUGCUGCGGAGGCUGAAGAAGGGCAACCUGCCCAUCCGCUCCAUCAUCCCCAACACCGAGGACAAGGAGCGCUUCGUGCGGCGCUGUAAGACGGACACAGUGCUGCUGUACGACGAGGCGGCGGCGGCGGACUGGCAGGGCUCCGUGCUCGGGCUCCUCAUGCACAAGCUGCGGGACGACGGCUGCAAAGCCUACUACCUGGAAGGAGGAUUUAACAAGUUUCAGACUGAAUACCCAGAGCACUGCGAGACGAAUCUGGACUGCUCCUGUCCGAGCAGCUCUCCUCCGGCAUCUGUGCUGGGUCUCGGCGGUCUGAGGAUCAGUUCGGACUGCUCUGACGGCGAGUCGGAUCGGGAACCGGGCAGCGCCACCGAGUCCGAGGGCAGUCCCCUGCCCAGUAACCAACCAGCGUUCCCAGUCCAGAUCCUUCCCUAUCUGUACCUGGGCUGUGCCAAAGACUCCGCCAACCUGGACGUUCUGGGCAAGUACAACAUCAAGUACAUCCUGAACGUCACUCCCAACCUGCCCAACAUGUUCGAGCACGACGGGGAAUUCAAGUACAAGCAGAUCCCCAUCUCUGAUCACUGGAGCCAAAACCUAUCUCAGUUUUUCCCUGAAGCCAUUUCUUUUAUCGAUGAAGCUCGUUCCAAAAAGUGUGGCAUCUUGGUGCACUGCCUUGCAGGCAUCAGUCGCUCAGUCACCGUCACGGUGGCGUACCUGAUGCAGAAGCUCAACCUGUCGCUCAACGACGCCUACGACUUUGUCAAGCGCAAGAAGUCCAACAUCUCGCCCAACUUCAACUUCAUGGGGCAGCUUUUGGAUUUCGAGAGGACACUGGGGCUAAACAGUCCCUGCGACAACCGCUCUACGCCCAACGACCAGCUCUUCUUCACCACGCCCACCAAUCACAACAUGUUCCAGCUGGACACGCUGGAGUCCACAUGAAGGCCAGCAGAGGAUGCUGGGUGGGAGCAGCCACCCUUUGAAUGUUUAUCUCCCAUCUCCAGGGGAGCUUUUGACCUGGAGGACAGGCCAGCAGCCGCGGCGAAAGGAGGAACGGAGGGUGGUUAAGCAUACGGGCCCCUCUAAAGCCCUCCGGUGGAUUUUAAUGCAGCUUUUCUUGCCUUCAUGGAAUAGACUGUUCCUUUUUUCUGUCACGGUUUGAUACGUGAGACUUUUGCACAGCGAUUGGCUCGAAGAGAAGGAAGCUUUGAUUGCAGAUGCCCUCCCGUCUCCAAGGCUGCCAACGCACCACAUGGGAUAUUGCUUUUCUAACCGGAUGAGAACGUAGGGUCUGAUUCGUUCUUCGAGCGAAAGCCGAGAGGUGUACCAUACAUGCAUUCUGUCCAUUUCUAUACCCUUGUCUCUUUCCUCUGUGCAGAACCAUGUUGUCCAAAGUAGUGAUGGUGUUGGCGACCAAACCAACACAAACAAACAUUGUGAGCCGUCCCCCUCUUUAUUUUCUCUCUCUCGCUCUACGUUUGCAAUGACCUAAUGCGUUUUGCACAGUGGCGAAGCCUUUCUCUUCUUGGCACUUAAAAGCGGUACU